CGGGGGCGGUGAAGAGAGCGCGACGGCGGCAGUGGCGGCGUAGCCAUCGCUGGACUGCCUGGGAGAGAGAGCGAGGCCCCUCCUCUGCGUCUAGAUUUGGUGACUGAAGAAGAGACCCAGAGACUACUGAUUACUCCCAAGUCACCUUGAGGAGCACAGGAGAGGUAGUGCUGAUCCUUUUGAAGUGGUCUGUCUUCCUUAAGGAGCCCAGAGGGUUCUAAGGUCAAAAUGGUUUCAAUUCCAGAAUACUAUGAAGGCAAGAAUGUCCUCCUCACAGGAGCUACUGGUUUCCUAGGAAAGGUGCUUUUGGAAAAGUUACUGAGGUCUUGUCCUAAGGUGAAUUCAGUAUACGUUUUGGUGAGGCAGAAAGCUGGACAGACACCCCAGGAGCGGGUAGAAGAGAUCCUUAGUAGCAAGCUCUUUGACAGAUUGAGAGAUGAAAAUUCAGAUUUUAGAGAGAAAAUUAUAGCAAUCAACAGUGAACUCACCCAACCUAAACUGGCUCUUAGUGAAGAAGAUAAAGAGGCCAUCAUAGAUUCUACCAAUAUUAUAUUCCACUGUGCAGCUACAGUAAGAUUUAAUGAAAAUUUAAGAGAUGCUGUUCAGUUAAACGUGAUUGCUACGCGACAGCUUAUUCUCCUUGCACAACAAAUGAAGAAUCUGGAAGUAUUCAUGCAUGUGUCAACAGCAUAUGCCUACUGCAAUCGGAAGCAUAUUGAUGAAGUAGUCUAUCCACCCCCUGUAGAUCCCAAGAAGCUGAUUGAUUCUUUAGAAUGGAUGGAUGAUGGCCUAGUAAAUGAUAUCACACCAAAAUUGAUAGGAGAUAGACCUAAUACAUACAUAUACACGAAAGCAUUGGCAGAAUACGUUGUACAACAAGAAGGAGCGAAGCUAAAUGUGGCAAUUGUAAGACCGUCGAUUGUUGGUGCCAGUUGGAAAGAACCUUUUCCAGGAUGGAUUGAUAACUUUAAUGGACCAAGUGGUCUCUUUAUUGCGGCAGGGAAAGGAAUUCUUCGAACAAUGCGUGCCUCCAACAAUGCCCUUGCAGAUCUUGUUCCUGUAGAUGUAGUUGUCAACACGAGUCUUGCGGCAGCCUGGUAUUCCGGAGUUAAUAGACCAAGAAACAUCAUGGUGUAUAAUUGUACAACAGGCAGCACCAAUCCUUUCCACUGGGGUGAAGUUGGCUAUUAUCUAAACCAUUCCUUCAAGAUGAAUCCUUUAAACCAAGUGGUCAGGCACCCCAAUAUUAAAUUCUAUACCAACAACCUAUUGCUUCAUUAUUGGAAGGGUGUCAGACAUACAGUACCUGCAUUAUUGCUCGAUCUUGCACUCAGGUUGACAGGUCAGAAACCGUGGAUGAUGAAAACAAUAACUCGCCUUCACAAAGCUAUGGUAUUUCUUGAAUAUUUCACAAGUAAUUCUUGGGUUUGGAAUACUGAUAAUGUCAAUAUGUUGAUGAAUCAACUAAACCCUGAAGAUAAAAAGACCUUCAAUAUUGAUGUACGGCAAUUACAUUGGGCAGAAUAUAUAGAGAACUACUGCAUGGGAACUAAGAAAUAUGUAUUGAAUGAAGAAAUGUCUGGCCUCCCUGCAGCUAGAAAACAUUUGAACAAGUUGCGGAACAUACGUUAUGGUUUCAACACUAUCCUUGUGAUUCUGAUCUGGCGCAUUUUUAUUGCAAGAUCGCAAAUGGCAAGAAACAUCUGGUACUUUGUGGUUAGUCUGUGUUACAAGUUUCUGUCAUACUUCCGGGCAUCCAGCACUAUGAGAUACUGAAGACCAAGAAAUUAGCAUUAGAACAUCUAUGCAUAUGGUGGUCUAAAUGCACAAAAUGUAAAAUGUACUUAAGUCAUCAUCUCACUUUUUGUCAAGACAUUAAACCUUCUUAAGAUUGAGCGUGGAGUAAAUUAUGGUACAUUUUAUGUAACGUGUUAAUGUUUAUGUUCAUAAAUCUAGUGAACACACUGUGGUAUGCCAGCUCAGAUCUACAAUAGCCACCAAAACCAUGAUUUAGCAUUUUGAUCCCUUGGAAGAAAGGUGUAGUGUAAGGGCAAAAGUUGGGAUAGAAUACUGACCAGUAUAACUGUGCAAUUCUGGAAUAUAUUAAAUAUGCCUUAACAUAUAGUUCUAAUGAUCAGUGCAAUGGAAAGCAGUAGGAUAGGAAUAUUAGUUAGGUAGGAAUUUGAUUCUUCAAUAUUUAACUGCUUUCUCUUCAUCUUGUAAGUUACUGAAUAGUAUCAAACAUGGCAAACAUGUUCAACAUGUUCUCAUUUUUCUUUUUCUGAUUAAAUGUUGGGUACAUAUCAUUUUCCUCACUUUAAUAAUAAUUCUAAAGAGGCUAUUCUGGAUCAAAAUUGCUUUUAAGAAUCCAUAUCAAAUAUAUACAAUACAACUGUGUUAGUAUAAAAAAUAAGAAUUUUUUUUUCUUCACAACAUUUUGAUCAGUCCUGUGAGAUUGUGUUCAUGUUUUGAGCCAGGAUUUCUUGAGACUUUUGUUGGAGGAGGGAGUGGGGAAGGAUUCACCAUGCUUGGGCUUUCUUACCUUUAUAAAUUCUAACAGAACUUUCAGAAAGCUUGUACUGUCUUUCAAAUAAAAUCUGAAAGUACAUUACCAUGGAAGAAUGUAUUUGCAGCUAAUAAUAACAUGUCCUUAUGUGUGUAAACACAUACUAAUUUUGACCUUGAAAGCUGAAUUCCUUCAAGAAAAAUAAAAUACUGCAUAAUGUAUAAAAUUAAAGACUUUAUUUACCAUAUAAAGUAGCAAAUGAUUCAAUGAGUUUAAAGAUAUCAUUUAUUUUCUCUGCAUGUAGUAAUAGCAUUAGGAAGAAAUGCAUUAUAGAAACAAGUAAUAGCAAGAACAUUGAUGUAUAUUUUAAUAAGACAUUAUAAUUCCCUUUAAAACUUAAUAGUAGUUUACUUACUGUUUUAACAUUUGUUUUAAUGGAUUGUUUAGCAUAACACUGUUCUAAAUAAGCUGAUCAAGUUGUACUAUAUUUAAAUCAUCAGCAAUGUAUCUUAAAUAUGUUUAAAGAAGUCAGUUCACAGUAAAAGAAGUUACAUGUAACUUUACAUCUUAAUUUUGUCAAUUUAAAUGCAGUGUAUAAGAAGUUUAUUUUGCUAUUGUGAAAAAACAAAAUGUAAAGGAAAUCACUUUUGUCCAUGCAGGUGUAAAAUAUUAAAAAAGGAAAAAUGCUUCCAUGUUGAAGCCAAAGUCAGAUUUUGCAUAGUAAAACUUUAAAACAUUAUUUUUAAAAAGUAUGUAUAUAAAUAUAUUCUCUGUAUUCUUUAGAAUGAUACUAAAAAAUCUCUGGUCUAGGACCAUACCUUGUAUAAAGGUGUGAGAGACCACAACAGUGUGUAAAAUGGAUUAAAUGAGGAUUCCAUUUAAGGUAGCCUACAUAAUAGACAGUGACUACUCCAUCAAACUAGAGUUCUAUGACAUGUUGGAAACAUGCUAAUAUUUGUAUGAUUUUAUACUUCUGCCAAGAAAACCCCACCUAGAAUCAGAUCAAUUGUCUUUGUGUCUUGCUAAAAAAUCAUAUACACAUUGGGCAGGCCUAUGAAGUGCAUAGAGAGUGUAUCCUCUAAACUGUUCAUUGAUGUUGUAAUGUAAAUUAUAGAAGUGCUACUAGGUGGGUGCUGAGGCCAUGCAUUAUUCUUGUGUUUGUUUAGGAUUCUGUUGCAAAAGAAAGGCAAUGAAUAAAUUGUGUCAGCCUGGCAUUUACAGUUCUAAAAGUAGUGUAAAGAACACAUAUGGAUUAUUCAUUCCCACCACGUAGAUCCAAAGAAUUUGGAAAUCUAUUCUGUAUCAUUUUCCAGAAGUACUUUUAGUUCUAUAUGACUAUCUAUAGCAGGAUAGCCUAUAAAAUUGUUCCAUUUAAUCCUUUUGAUAAAAUUAUAUUCUAAAACAUUUGGGUUCCCACCCCCAUUCACUCUUAACUCUGGUAAAUACAUUUGUAAACUGAUGACCUUAUAACUGUAUUUAAAUGUGACUUGGCAAUAUGUCCUAAAUCUCAAUGCAGAGAAGCAUUGCAACACAACACGUUCUUUGACUUAAAGCUGGCAUAGAAUAAGCAUUCUUUGAGUCUGUGUAAUAAAACUUGAAAUCAGGGAGGAAAAGAAA